AUGUUCCGUUCCACCGCGGCUAGUACUACUUCCCCUAUUACAGCCACCAACAUCCGCCCACAAUUAUCGAGCGUCGGCGCCACUCCUACUCAAGGCCAGGGCCUUCACCAUGAAGGCCAAACCAACUCAUCGCUACAGGAUCUGUGGAACUCCAUCGCGACUUGGAUGUCUCACCUGCAAGUAAGUGACAACGAAGCUACACACUCGGAUCGGAGAGGCGACGGGACCCUGCAUGGUACUGUGAGAAUCCGGAGAGUCAAAUGUGGAGAAGAGAAGCCGUUCUGUAAGAGAUGUACCUCCACGGGCAGAAAAUGCGACGGCUAUGCCAGCCCGGCAGAUGCCUCCUCUGUACACAAGCCUGUACCAGCAGCACCAGCAGCAGCAGCAGCAUCAGCAUCAGCAUCGGCAUCAGCAUCAGCAUCAGCAUCUGCACCUGCACCUGCACCAAGCCGACCCCUCGCUCCGGUCGAAGAUCCCGAGGAGCAACGUCUUCUCUAUUUCUUUAGCACACACAGCGCCCCAAGCCUCUCCGGAUAUUUCUCAACCGACUUCUGGGAGCGGAGGGUUGUACAGAGCAGCCGUGAAGAGCCGUCAAUCCGGCAUGCCGUCAUUGCAAUUGCAGCAAUGCAUCAGGAGUUCAACGAGAGGCGGCGCAAUUUUGGGAUGCGCGACACGUCACUUCUCCAGACUUUUGCUUUCCGGCAAUAUACGAAAGCAAUCAGCUGUCUGCAUUAUUUGAUGACGACGAAGAUGCCGCCCUUGGAUUUGACUUUGACAAAUUGCAUUCUGUUCGCAUCAAUCGAUUGUCUUCUCGGUAAUCACUCAUCAGCGAUAAUACAUCUGAAGGCCGGAUUGAGGAUACUCGCGGAUAUCAAAACACACAAGACGGAGAGGGGAAUUAUGGCAGACGAAUGGGAACAGGAAUUCACUCCCCCGCUUCUGGCUCUAGGGGUACAAACAGCUACUUUCAUUAAUCCGGCUCUGCAGAAAGAGAGGGCCUCUCUCUGGGUCGCUCUUAAGCGCGUUGGAAAGUUUCCACCUCCGACCGCGUUUUACUCGCUUGAUACAGCGCGUCGCUCAAUUGAUUUAAUUUCAGCAACUGUAAUGGCUCACCGAACAUCUACCGAGUUACAGCCGAGAAUCCUCGAAGAUAAACCCCCAGACCCCGCUGUGCAAGGUCGAUUACAUAACGAAGCGUUAGAUGCAUGGACAAGAGGCUUAAACAAGUUUAUUGUGGAUUUUGCCGCAGGCGAAUCUCCUACCAGCAGAACGAUGUGUGGCGCCUCGCUCCUGAAAGUCCACUCGCUGGUUGUCUCUAUCGUGAUCGGGAAACCAGAGGAAGCUGAUGCUAAAUUCGACCAUUUAAUCACCCUUUGCGAUUUUCUCGAAUCGGCGAGGACGACUUCCGGCGCAGACCUUACGUUUUCGACCGACCAAAGAGUCAUUGCACCUCUAUUUUUCACGGCGCUGAGGGCCCCAAAUCCUUCUAUCAAACGACGAGCAAUUGAGCUUCUGGCGCGAGCGCCAGCACGUGAAGGUAUGUGGGAUGCUGAGGAUGCCAUUCGCGUGGCGGAUGGUUCGCACAGCGAUAUACAGAACGUGGGAGGCUUUGUUCUGAAUGCGAUUCUACCGGAUGUCAUCCCACAAAGUGAGAUCAAGAUAUGGAAUGAUAUUGCAUCGCGGUUAAAGAGCCGGAUGACUUGGCCCUUUGGAGAGACAGACCCGGGUCAGAGUCCACAAUCCGCGACUUCGCCUCGGAGCGAGUCAUCAUUUACGACAACAGCUACCGUGUAA